AUGACCAGCUCCGCGUAUUUCGCCAGCAGCGAGGCGGACUACUGGCCUUAUCAGUCAUCCAUCGGCGAUCGAGCCAACGAACAGGGUAUAUAUCCAGAUAGUGCGUAUCAAACCGGCCAUCAGCAGCUACACUCCAGCUCGGGUUACAGUCAGAGGCCUAGCCAGGAUCACUCACCCCCUUCCAGCCUGCUGGAGACUCUGCUGCGGCAUGGAAAAGAAGCGAUUAGCCAAGGUUACGCGAGUGCUGCUGGAAAACCGGUCACACCGCCGAGUGCUCCGAGUAUUCCGCAUAUUUCCUGUCAGACUCCGCCGUACACACCUACGUCCUCGACUGACAGGACGUCACCGAUCGCUGGAUUCCUGUCGGAUACGCCGGAACGAGCGCAGGAGACCCGAAAUGGGUACUUGCAGGGCUAUCAGGCCUAUCCUACGCAGCCGCAUUCUAGUAGCUGCGUGACACCCACGAUGAUGACACCUAACUCACCCACCAACUACGGCGUGCAACAGGGCUACGGUAGUUACGCGAAUAAUAAUAAUAACGGGAAGCAGAGCCCCAACGAGGCUAACGAGUUCGCUGACGAGCAGGCUCAGCAGCAGGUGGACUACCCGUGGAUGAAGUCAUCUUACUCUAACGGCGACGCGAACAGCGUUGGUCAGAAGCGGACCAGGCAGACGUACACCCGAUUCCAGACCCUCGAACUCGAGAAAGAAUUCCACUUUAAUCGCUACCUUACCCGAAGACGUCGCAUCGAAAUAGCUCAGGCCCUCUGCCUGACCGAGCGUCAGAUCAAGAUCUGGUUCCAAAACCGUCGCAUGAAGGCGAAGAAGGACGGCAAGCUCGGUUACAACGGGUUAGAAACGACCUCGGAGGACACCAUCCCGGCCAGUCAGAGCGGAUCACCCAUCGAGGGGCAUUUGGUUAGCGGGACCAGCGCCACGACGCCGAUGAUGCACACUGGACAGGCCGCGACGUCCUGUCAGCCGACCACGGCCAUGCAAGAUCACCAUCGAUUGCACGAGGCGUAUCUGCACUAUCGUCAUCAGCAGCACGGAAUGUACGACAGCCACGACUACUUUCAGAAACAGAAUUACGGAAGCCAGGUGGCGAAGCUCGAUCAUCACGCUGAAUCCUGA